AUGGCCAAGUUGGUAAGGCACCUCACUAGUAAUGAGGAGAUCGUCAGUUCGAAUCUGGCUGGAGGCAUUCAAUUUUUUUUUCAAACCUGUUCAGAUCGCUUUGCUGACUACAGUCACAAUCUACAUUUUUAA